AUGGCGUCCAAGAUGCUCAAGCUCUUCUCCCCGCUCACGCUCGGCGGCAAGAGGAGCCCGAUCCAGCUGCAGCACCGCGUGAUCAUGGCGCCGCUCACGCGACUGCGCACGGGCGAGCAGGGCGUCCCCACUGACCUCGUGACCGAGUACUACUCGCAGCGCACCACGCCCGGCGGCCUGCUCAUCGCAGAGGCCACCAACAUCAGCCCCACGGCUCGCGGCUACUACGGAUCCCCUGGACUGUACACCCGCGAGCAAGUGCAAGGCUGGAGGAAGGUCACGGACGCCGUGCACGCCAAGGAGGGCAAGAUCUUCGUGCAGCUCUGGCACUCGGGCCGUGUGGGCCACAGUAUGAACCAGCCGAACGGGGAGCACCCCGUGUCGUCAUCUACGAUUCAGCUGGACGACGGCGUGUCGUCUCCUGUUACGCGUGACGGCGUGAGACGCUCGUACAGCGUCCCGCGCGCCCUCGAGACGCACGAGAUCUCGGGCAUCGUGGCCGACUACAAGCGCGCGGCGGAGUACGCCAUCGAGGCGGGCUUUGACGGGGUGGAGCUGCACGGCGCCAACGGAUACCUGCUGGAGCAGUUCCUGUGCGACAGCGUCAACAACCGCACGGACGCGUACGGCGGCAGCAUCGAGAACCGCGCGCGACUGACGCUCGAGACGCUCCAGGCCGUGCUGUCGAGUCUGGACUCGAGCCAAGUGGCCAUCCGCGUGUCUCCCUUCGGUAACACGUUCGGCUGCACGGACUCGACCCCCGCAGAGACGUACAGCUACCUGAUCAAGCAGUUGAAGCCGCUCGACCUGGCCUACCUGCACAUUGUGGAGCCGCGCGGUCUCCAUCCUACGGUGCAGAAUGUGCCUGAGGGCGGCACUACGACGUUCACCCGCGCGCUGUACGACGGCGUUCUCAUGACGUCGUCGGGCUACGACCGCGCCGAAGGUGUGAAGGUCACGGAGAGCGGCCUGGCCGACUGCGUGGCGUUCGGCCGCUCGUUCAUCUCGAACCCGGACCUCGUGCGCCGACUGGAGCUCGACGCGCCUUGGAACGACUACGACUACCAGACGUUCUACCCGAAUCCGACGCUGCCGGAGUCCGCGGGCUACACCGACUACCCGGCGCUCGAGCUGAAGGCGCGUCUUUGA